ACACACACACACACACACACGGUGGAAGCUGCAGCAGGUUUGAGUCUCUCUGUUCUGCAGGAUGGAAGCUGAAGGACUCGUCUCUCUUCUCUUCAGGUUUUGGUAAAAGUGUCUCCGACAUGAAAGAAACCAGAAACGUUCACAGACUCUUGUUUCUUCUCUGGUUCCUGUUUGUUCUUCACCUCGUCUCUGGAUCUGAGGGAAACUUGACGAGAUGUGAAUGUUCACAAGCCAUCGUUACAUUCCAUUUUCCUCCCAGUUUUCCCAAUCACUCAUGCUGUCUGAACUUUUCUGGAUCUUUGUUUUCUGGAGUAUCAUGGGAGGUUCUCAAAUCUGCACCAGGUUUAGAGAUUCUGGAUCUUUCCAUUUGUAGGAUCCAGCUCAUCCAUCGAACUGCUGCAGGUUCUACUCCUCCAUUGUUACGAGAGCUUUAUCUAAAUCAGAACCAGCUCCAGGUCCUUCCUUCUGAUUUCCUCAUCGAUGCUUUCAGGCUGAAAGUUCUGGAUUUGGGGCAGAACCUCCUGAAGGAACUUCCUACAGACUUUUUGAAGAAUGCUGGACAUCUUCAGGUUUUAAUUCUAAGUGGAAACCGUUUGAAGGUUCUGCCCGUCUCCGUGCUCAGACUCGCUCUCCUGCAGUUUGAUUUGUUUAAUAAUCCGUGGAGCUGCUCCUGCUCCAUGGUGGAAAGUUUCUACUCUCAUAAUUCCAGCUCCAACUCCAGCAGCUUCCAGAACACAUUCCAGAAUCUUACAUGUUCCUCUCCUCAGAGCCUCCAAGGAAGGAUGAUUUGGUCCAUCCGGGUCGAUGAGGUCUGUCGACUUUCAGGCCUGAACGCCCUCUUUAUCCUCCUCCCGCUCCUUCUGCUGAUGAUCCUGAUGUUCUGCUGGUGCUGCGGGAGGAAAGAGGAGAAGAAAGAUUCUCUGAAAUUCAGCGCGAUGCAGAAGAAAAACCUGGAACCGUUUCCUUCCUCCAUUAAUAAUGAGGUGGUGCUGAAGAACCAGCUGAUGCUCCGGCCGUCCUCAGCACUGUUAGGCAGCGUGAGGGACGUCUGUGAGGAGGUGGAGGUUAGAUUGGGCUCGGUGGAGUCUCUGGAGUGCCCUUCUUCCACCUCCUCAGGUAAAGAGGAGGAGCAGGAGCUGGACAGUAAGCAGGAUCUGGAUACAGUGAGUGUUAGUGAGGUGAUGAGGGACUCGGCUGAUCGAGAGAAGGCCUACAUGGUUCAGUCCACCAAAUAUUACAGUCUGGUACCAGGGAUGGAGAUGGAAGACUCGGACCAUGGUGAGUACGAGGACGUGGACCUGUCCUGAUCCCCAAAAACCCCGAGAGUCACGACUAGCUUCAUCCUCACUGUGACCUAAAAUACAGAAGCUCCAGAAGUUUCUCUACAGUAACACAGAAACGUUUAAAAACUCCAAACUCUGAUUCUUUAUUUUUGUAUUUUUAUUAUUUUGAUAAUUUUUUUAUUUUUAUGAAGCUGAUUUACAUUAAAAAUCCGUCAUGAAGACACCAAAAGUA